CUCCCAUUUGCUCACAGGGUUAUUCUGUGUCAACCUUUGGUGUUGUUUUUUUCUAGUAAGCAAACUUAUUUUAAGCAAACUGCAGCUUUUCUACAAAACAGGAGUGAGGGAAGCUGCAGUAACAGCAGUGAGCAUUGCCAGGCAAGCUGUGCAAGAAGCUGAAGCACAGUAUUGGCAACCAAGCUGAUUUCCCCAACUUUCUGAAGCUUUCGAAUCAAGACAUAGGAAAACCAGCCUUUCUGCUUCUUGGAGGAAAGGAAGCUCUGAGCCCGAGGACUCUUCGUUCCAGAUGGCUAAUGAAGCAAAACCAUGCCCAUGUGACAUUGGAGAUAAGCUUGAAUAUGAAGGCCUCGGGCAGGAAGUUUCUAUUGAGCACAUCAAGGCCUACAUCAACAAACCCGCCCUGAGCACUGACAAAGCUGUGAUUGUGAUUCAUGAUAUAUUUGGGUGGCAGCUGUCUAAUACCAGAUACAUAGCUGACAUGCUUGCAGCCCAUGGAUACAUAGCAAUUUGUCCAGACUUUUUUAAGGGACAAGAGCCUUGGAAACCAUCUGAUGACUGGUCUUCAUUUAAUGAAUGGCUAAAAACACGAGAUAACAAGCAAAUAAACAAGGAAACAGAUGUCGCCUUAAAGUAUCUGAAGCAACAGUGCAAUGUGAAGAAGAUAGGUGUCAUUGGAUUUUGUUGGGGUGGAGCUGCUGUACAUCACCUGAUGUUAAGAUAUGCUGAACUUAAAGCAGGCGUGUCAAUCUAUGGAGUUAUCAAGUUUUCAGAGGACAAUUACAGCUUGUUGAAUCCCACAUUUUUCAUUUUUGGAGAGAAAGAUGACAUCAUUCCCCUUGACCAAGUUACUGUACUGGAACAGAAACUGAAACAACAAUGCAAAGUUGAUUUUGAAGUUAAAGUUUAUCGCGGACAAACGCAUGGUUUUGUGCAUCGCAAGAAAGAAGAUAUUAACCCUCAAGAUAAGCCUUACAUUGAAGAGGCAAGGAAGGACAUGCUGAACUGGCUGAACAAAUAUAUCUAACAGAUAUUAUCUGUGAAAUGGAUCGCAAUAUACAUUACCGAAAAGAUAGCAUUAUGAUAUACUUUUUAAAAUUCUGCAUUAAGGAAAUUUAAUAUUGUGUGUAUCUAUGCCACAAACUGAUUUAAACUGAAUCAGGGAAAAUAGGGAAAUAUAGUUCUGCUAGAAGGACUAGGAUCUCUCACAGAGAAUUAUGAGCACUAGCCUUGUGCAAAGAUUCAGCUUUGCCGCUGAAUAUUGCCAUAGCCCCACAGGGAGGCAGUAGCUUCGAGCUUACUGUCACAAAGUAGUCCUGUGCACACCACUAGGGAGAACCAUUAAAAGAAUUCAGUGACAUGGGAAGGUGUGUGACAAGGCAUGUGGGGAGCACUGGGAACUGUAGUCCUCAGUGCUUUUCUCUGAGCUCUGUGGGAGAGUGCUGGGAAGGGCUGCACUUCCCAGAACUCGCUUUGUAGCUUCCAAGAUGCCACUGGGGCUUUCUGGGGCUCCAGAUUCCUUUAAGGAUGCUCCCUAGUACUGUGCACAGGACCGCUUUAUGCAGAGAUGAGCACUGGGAAUGGUUGUCUCCCCAUGGGACUGGGGCCAAUGUGCAGCUGAUUCGGUUUUAACAGAUCAAAGCCAAAUCUUUGCAUAGGCCUAAAGAGCAUCCUUCUCAUUCUGCAAAUCCCAGGAUUUUGUGGGGAGAGUUAUAACAGUUAAAGUGGUAUCAGAGGUGUAGCUAUAACUGAGUGGAUGGGAUUAAAAAAAAAAAAAACCCAGGCCCCCAAGCUCCUUAGGGGCCCCCAGCUCCACCCCUCCCUAUUUUCUUCAAUAUCUCCCUCACUCUGAGGGGCUACUGAAGAGAGGGUGAACACUGGCCCCCUCUCCCCUAGCUAUGCCCCUGAGUGGUAUACAACAUGUUUGAAAGUGUAGAUGUGCCCUAACACUAGUCAUGGAUGCUUAACUAAGGGGAAAUCAGAUUUUGAUGUAGCAAUUUGAUUCUUGUUGAUCUCUUUGAAAAUUCCUAGAGUUUUUCCCCCCAGCAUAAAGUGUGAUGGUCCAGAGCAGGGAUUCUCAAACUUGGGUCCUCAGGUGUUAUUGGACUUCAACUUGCCACCAAGAGCCCCUGGUGGCGCAGUGGUAAAACUGCCGCCCUGUAACCAGAAGGUUACAAGUUCGAUCCUGACCAGGGACUCAAGGUUGACACAGCCUUCCAUCCUUCCGAGGUCGGUAAAAUGAGUACCCAGAAUGUUGGGGGCAAUAUGCUAAAUCAUUGUAAACCGCUUAGAGAGCUCUGGCUAUAGAGCGGUAUAUAAAUGUAAGUGCUAUUGUUAUUGCUAUUGCUAUUGCUAUAAUCCCCAGCCUCAGUGGCCUUUGCUUGAGGAUUAUGGGAGUUGAAGUCCAAUAACACCUGAGGACCCAAGUUUGAGAAUCACUGGUCUAGAGAGAUUACUGUACACACAUGGCAUUUUCUACACAGAAUAUAGGCAGCUUUCAGACAAGUAUAUUGUAGAAGCCAAUGAGUUCUUCCACAGAUCAAUAUAAUCAUGCUUGCAAUUAGGAAGUUCAGCCUUCCUUGGGAAGCUCUUAGGAAGACCAAUCUAACUUUGCAAAUAAUACUGAAACCAAGAAGUUCUAAUUAUCAUCAUCAGGAAGCCAAAUGCUAACAUACAUAACCUGUAUCGCAAUUUCUCAAAAUGACUCACCAAGUGCAGACUGAGCAACCAGCCUACUACAGUGGGCACAUUUCCAAAUAUGCUUUCUCCUCCCUUUUCAUUUAUUUAAAACUAGAACAGUGUCUGUCUGUCCAGAAGCUGUUGCUACAUUAAAAACAAAAUGUUGAGAAUCCUUUGGGGACAGGAAACUAUCUUCUUAUUCCUAUUCUUUUCCCUUUGUAAAAUGAUUUGAGAACCUUUUUUUUGUUGUUGAAAUGCUGUAUAUUAAACAAUAUUAAUAAUAAAUUUAAUAGUGAUUUUACAUUGA